AUGAAGGCUACCGUGCUAUUGCACACGCAUGCAAUGGUUUGUGUCCAAUACGAUUCGAUCUACACUACUAUCUUUAACAUCUACUACUUCAAGCAAAAUGAGUCUGUUAACGAUUACAGAAGACGGUUCGAAGCCCAAGCUGAUCAAUUGUUCGAGAUCCUUGGCACCGAUGUGUUGCAUGUCGAUGCGACCAAGACGAUGGGGUACCUGGAUCUCUACGAUCCGGAGGACGAUCCGGACAAUACCAAGGCGCUCCAAGACGCGUUCAAGAAGGAAGUUCUCGAAACAUUUAAAGCAAAUGCAUCUUUCUACAACUGUGGCAGGUCUCGCUUCCAAAGCAUGUUGGACAAGGCAAACCAGACCUACACCAUGGAAUUCAAGGAAUACGAUCAGAGAAAUGAAUAUCCGACUAUGAUUGACCAGGCCGCCAAAGCGCUGACCAAACAUAAGCCGGACAAUAGAAAGAAAGGUCCAACAACAAGAACAAACACUGUGAGCAGCAGUGCCCCUGACGGAAUGAGCAACGCACAAGCGACUGCCCGAACAACAUCUUCACGACCGGUUUUUAGUUGCUGGUGUUGCGUGUUGGAUAUAUUAGGAUUUUUUAAGUACAUAUUUGGAGAAACGAGAAAAAGAGAAUACAAGUGA